AGAUAAUCACCAGCCCUCUAUUUCUUUCUUCUUCAACGUCUACUUUUUCCUCCUAUCUAUUACCGAUAAAAAUGGCGUUGACUGUUCAGUAUGCCGCCGGUCCAUCGCGCAACGCCUUCCGGUUCUCAUCUUUUCUAUUCAUUUUCUCCCUUCUGUUUGGAUUCAGCUCAGCUCAGCUGUCGCCGGAUUUCUACUCGGAAACGUGCCCUGACGCACUCUCCAUCAUCAAAACCACCGUCAGCGCCGCCGUGGAGUCCAAUCCUCAGAUGGGAGCUGUCAUGCUUCGUCUCCAUUUUCACGACUGCUUCGUUAACGGCUGCGAUGCAUCGAUCUUAUUGGACGACACGGCCAACUUCACCGGAGAAAAGACGGCCGGUCCAAAUGGCAACUCUGUUAUGGGAUAUGACGUGAUUGAUACUAUUAAAGCUGGACUUGAAAAAUCUUGUCCCGGUGUUGUAUCCUGUGCUGAUAUUAUAAGCGUCGCAGCUAGAGAUUCAGUUGUUUUGCUUGGUGGUCCUAGUUGGAGUGUUUUAUUGGGUAGAAGAGAUUCAAUCACUGCAAGUUUAACUGCUGCAAAUACUAACAUUCCUGGAACAAAUUCCAAUCUCAAUCAGCUCAUUUCUUCCUUCUCUAACAAAGGUUUAAGUACCAGGGAUUUGGUUGCUCUCUCGGGAAGUCACACGAUAGGAAGAGCAAGGUGCAAGCUCAUUCGAGAUCGGAUCUACCAAGAAGCUAAUAUAAACGCUUCAUACGCAUCACUUUUACAGGCAAAAUGUCCUCAAAGUGGAGGUGACAACACUUUCAUUCCACUCGACACUACCACUCCUAUCUCCUUUGACAAUGCUUAUUUCAAGAAUUUGAAGGGUCAAAAAGGAUUAUUGCACUCAGAUCAGCAGUUAUUUAUCGGUGGAGUCACGGACUCUAUAGUAGACACUUAUAGUUCUGAUUAUUCUAUUUUUUCGAGGGACUUUGCUAACGCUAUGAUGAAACUGGGUAAUCUUAGCCCGCUCACAGGGAGAAGAGGCCAAAUUAGAAAGAAUUGCAGAAAAAUCAACUAAGUUGAAAGAUUAUUAGUUCCCAAAUUUCUGAUUUGUUGGGUUGUCAUGGAUUAUUACAAGUUCCAAUUGCUUGGCUACAAAAUAUGUUUUGGUUUUA